AUGGGGAAAGUUGCUCCUGCUUUCGAGAUUCGUUUCAACGAGACAGGUUCGGGGAUUGAAUCUGUUCCGAUACAUCCGAAUAACCCACAUGAACCAAACGUACCGGACCCUUUCAGAAAACGUGAUAAAAUCCCUCGAAACUCUGGUAAUAUAUCAGAACAUCCGACAAAUAAUUUUAACUUACCUCCACAAAAACCUAGCGUUGAUACACGAACAUCACCUUCAACUCUCAAUAAACAAUGUACUAAAAAUAAUGGUGAUAGUUUUCAUGGUUCUCAAUUAAAAACAUUAAAAGACGUCAAUAAUUCAAGUAACUCUUCAUUUAAUGCAACUGAUGCUCCCACCAAAGUAAAAUCAUGGAAUUCUGUUGGCCCUGAAAUUGACAAACAGGAUCAUGUGAUUACUGGUAAGAUCGAAAAAGACUCAUUUAUGGAUAAUGAUAAUCCAACCACGAGUACAAGCUCAACUAUAGCAUUUGAUUCAGCUAUACGGAAUAAUCAUUCCAACAAAAAACGCCCGUUGCCUGAAGAAAGUGGUAGUGAAAAGGAAAAUGUUAACGUCAGCUCUGAUAAUACUAUUCAAACUCCUUAUUUAAAUAAAGAUUUGAAUGGUACUACUGAGAUGGUCGUAUCGAUUACCAGGAAGAAUACACUAAAAAGUAACCAUAAAAGUAAAAAAAUCAAUACAAAUGAUUAUAAAGAUGAUGAUAAUAACAUUAUAGUAAAGGGUAUAGCUACUCCACCUGCCACUCCACCAAGAAGUCCUCCCAUGACUCCAAUGAUUACACAGACUCCGUCUAGUAGUGAAUCAACUUCUGAGACAGGUCAUCCUAUAACCCCAAUGACAGCACAGACUCCAAUUAAUGAUGGGUCAACUUCUGAAUCAAUCACCAUAACAGCUUUGACUCCAACUAAUGAUGGGUCAACUUCUGAAUCAGUUAUCAUAACAGCACUGACUCCAACUAGUAAUGGUUCAAUAUCUGAAAUUGGCUCCAUAACGGCUCAGAAUCCAACUCUUACAAAUGAAAGAAGCUUUUUACUAAGUCCAAAAUCAUCGGAAGAUUUUCCAACGGUAGAAUCAAAAUCAACUUCUACGGAAUCACAAAUUCCACCAACCUCCCGUGCUCCAAGAAUGUCAAAGUCUCGUCCGAUCAUUACUGCUUAUUCAUUAGAAUUACAGGAACAAAUUGAAUCCGAAUCUCCAACAAAUAAUGAAACUCCCAGAAAAACCAUUAUUUCUCAUGAUGACAUAAUCAUACCCACUUUAGCAAAAAAACUUAAAAUGAAUGGACAAUUGCCUUAUUCUAAUCAUGAUGCUCUGCUAGGAAUUAGUGAUGAACUUGAUGAAUAUGUUACACCGGGACCAAGACCAGAAUCAGGAUAUAUGGAUGUAACUGAUCAAGUUGAAAAUCUUUUUGAAGAUGUAAACAAUCAAGUUGAAGAUGAGCCACUAAAGAAUGCGAAAAAACGAUCGUCAGUUGCAAGUUAUCAACGACGUCGGCGGCGAUCUGCGCCGAGAAGGCCGACAAGAAUCUCAACUAGAUCUCGUCCAAGUUCUCGAAGGAAUAGUAAAACAUAUAGUAGUGUUGAAGUACAAACUGAUGAUACAAUGUUUGCUUAUCCAAUGGAGGAUGAUCCUUCUAAUGAAGAUGUUAAAAAACGUGAUAGAAAAUCGCGAAGAGAGGAGUUUGUGUUUUUGGUUAAAGAUGAUGAUGAAUUUGAUAUUGAGAAAAUGAGCCUAUUGAGCAAAAUGCGACGUUGA